UCCUGAGACGACAGAUGUUAGCCGAACACAUGCAGCCCUUAAAAAGCCCACCGCCUGCUGGGAAGAUGUCUCCACUAUUAACCGAAUAGCCAAGCAAAAAGCGAUUUAAUUACAGCUGUGGCACGCUUGAAAGUAGAGAAGCAUCACUUCUACACAAGUCCUCCGAAGCCCUGGAGUUCAUGAAGCGGGACCUGACUGAGUUCUCCCAGGUGGUGCAACAUGACACAGCCUGCACCAUCGCGGCCACGGCCAGUGUGGUCAAGGAGAAGCUGGUUAGUGAAGGUUCCUCGGGGGCAACGGAGAAAAUGAGAAAGGGCUUGUCGGACUUCCUGGGCGUGAUCUCAGACACCUUUGCCCCCUCACCAGACAAAACCAUUGAAUGUGACGUCAUCACCCUGAUGGGCACACCUUCUGGCACAGCUGAGCCCUACGAUGGCAACAAGGCUCGCCUCUAUAGCCUGCAAUCAGACCCAGCAACCUACUGCAAUGAACCAGAUGGGCCUCCGGAACUGUUUGACGCCUGGCUUUCCCAGUUCUGCCUGGAGGAGAAGAAGGGACAGAUCUCAGAGCUCCUUGUAGACAGCCCCUCCAUCAGGGCCUUCUACACCAAGAUGGUCCCCGCAGCUGUUACCCAUUCUGAAUUCUGGCAUCGAUACUUCUAUAAAGUCCAUCAACUAGAGCAGGAGCAGGCCCGGAGGGACGCCCUGAAGCAGCGGGCAGAGCAGAGCCUCUCAGAAGAACCUGGCUGGGAAGAGGAAGAAGAGGAGCUGGCCGGCUUUUCACUCCCAUCUCCCACAGAGGCAAAGGUCCCUGUGACCAAAGCUUCCACUUCACCUGAAGGGAGAGCUGGACCCCAGGGCCCCUGUGAAGAGAACCCGGUAACCUCGAUUGAGACGCCAGCAGAGGUGACACCAUCAGAAAGCAGCGACAGCAUCUCUGUGGUGACACAGAUUGCCGCCCCUGCCCCGGAGGCCUCCGGGCUGCCCAGAGACCUGUCCCAAAAGCUGCUAGAAGCAUCUCUGGAGGAACAGAACCCGGCUGUGGAUGCGGGCGAGACUGGCCCUCCACCCCCAGCUCCCGCCAAACCUCUAGCCCCUGCUGGCCGCCCCAGUGGCCCAGAACCCAGACCUCCAGCCAGAGUAGAGACUCUGAGAGAGGAGGUGCCCACAGACUUACGAGUGUUUGAGCUGAACUCAGACAGUGGGAAGUCCACCCCUUCCAACAAUGGAAAGAAAGGCUCCAGCACAGACAUCAGUGAGGACUGGGAGAAGGAAUUUGACUUGGACAUGACCGAAGAAGAAGUGCAGAUGGCACUUUCCAAAGUGGAGGCUUCUGGUGAGCUGGAAGAUGUGGAGUGGGAGGACUGGGAAUGAGAGGCGCCAGCACCAGCCGCUCCCUUACCCACAGCGCCUCUCACCUCCUUUGCUCGCCUCAGCCUGGCCCUGGAAGACACUGACUGUGAAUGUCCCCCAAAUGGCCUCUGACCCCCAGAGCUCUGGAUUGCUCCCUGUGGGCUCCUUGUCACCUAGCAGGGACCUCUUUACAACUGGGAAGGGGCUGUCUACAUCCAAGUCAAGAACCCUGACUUGUGCCAAUCAUAGGAUGACCCAGCAGGGUGAAGACCUGCCCCUCUCACCAGAAGAGCCUCCAUUUCUCUGCUGAACACCUACUGUUGUUAGAAACUCCUGUGGGGAAGUCCCACUAAACAGCUUCCGCCCAGGUCGAUGGACACUAACUGACCAGUCCCCUGGAGUCACUGGUCAUCUGUGAGCAGGCAAGGAAGGCCACAUCACCAGCCGGGGCUAGUAAAAAAGAGAGAGUGCGUGCA